CUCAGUAAGAAAUCUCUUCUAACAACAAGGCAUCCUUGCACUUUGCACAAAGAGACGCGUGUUCGAUCAUGAAUAAAAUCGUAUUACUUUCACUGUUGUCCUUGGCCACGGCCGCGCCAGUAAUCGUGGAUCAACGUUACAGUCAUGAUGAUUUAAUGCGAAUAGUUCGGCACUUGCAAAAUAUCAAAAGAUCGGACCAAGAAAGUUAUGGAACUUCAGGGGAUGGUGGUGGCUAUGGUGGUGGUGACUAUUCCAGUGGUCACGGAGGUGGUGGUUUCGAAGCUUCCGCAGGACAUUUCGAAUCGGGUGGUGGUCAUUUAGAUGGAGGACAUCAGGAUUAUUCAUCUCUUGGGGGAUAUGGUGGUGGAUAUGGUGGUGGAUAUGGUGGUGGACACGGUGGUGAUGAGGGUGGUCAUGGAAUUUCUUUAGACGGUGGUCAUAAUUUCGUUCACAGCGUACCAGUAUCAGAACACGUUGAAGUUACCAAACCUGUUGCUGUACCAGUUUACAAGGAGAUAGGUAUACCAGUACCACAUCCGGUCAAAAUAGGUGUCCCUCAUCCAGUAGCUGUUGGGAUUCCACAACCAUACCCAGUUGCAGUACCCGUGUCAAAACCUGUCCCAAUCCAAAUAGUGAAGACGGUUGCUGUACCUGUCGAAAAAAAGGUUCCGUACCCAGUAGAAAAACAUAUACCUGUACCUGUUGAGAAACAUGUUCCCAUAACAAUAGAGAGACACGUGCCAGUACCAGUAGUUAAACCUUAUCCUAUCAGGAUUCCUGUCUAUAAAACUAUCUACCAUCAUGCAAAAAAGGGUCACUAGAAUAAAAAAUAACAGAGAAUUUCCUUUCGUCUUUGAUGAAAUUUAUAGGCACGGUAUAAACUGAAUCAAGACGACUGGAUACCUUGAGAAUGAAAUACACGAGGCAGACAAUUCUUCGUUGUUUCUUCUUUUAGAAAUAUUUUAGGGUCCAAUUUGUUACGUUAUACUUGUUUUUUUUUAUAUUGUAUAUACUCAUGUUGGUAUCACCGAGUGCAUUAUAAUUAUGCUAUAAGUGUGUUUUGGUGCUACAUUGUUACGAUA